GAGAAACAGCAGCAGCAGCAGCGCGGAUCGCAGAGGAAACGGCUCCGGGGGCGCUGAGAUGGAUUUCAUGAUGCGCCACACGCGCGUAAAACCUCGGCACCGUCUCCAGAGCGCGCAGGAAACGCUGGGAAAAACCCUGCCACCCCAAACCUCCAGGAACCAUCGCUAACAUCACGCUGGGCAAACAAAGCUGUAGUCUUCUGCAUCGUGGGAGAAGAUAAAUGGACUGGCAGGAGGAGAAGACAGAAGCAGCAUCGCCCAGUCAGGAUGCGACGCUUCGCCGUUUUUAACAAGGAAAAAACGAGAUGACGCAUAAAUACCGUGGAUAUGAGAUGUUGAAUGUUGUUAAUGAAGGGGAAAACAAAACUGUCAGCAGGAUGCGCAGUGUGGCUAAUAUGAGGCAUCUGGAACCUCUUCAAAUCAGGACCACCAAACAGAUGCACUAAAGCACAUUUCUUGGAAUAACAGCUCUUCCAAGAUGAAUCCAUGUGUUUUUCCUGAUAGAUCUCUGUCACUGCAUUUUUUAGUAAAGGGGAAGUAAGAGCCAUGUUGUAGAAUAUUUCAAACUAUAACAAAAGUUGGAAUUACUGACUAUAAGUGAACAAACGGAUUGGUCCUUCUCUUCUGGGAUUGCUGCAGAUGGUCCAAUUAUUGUAGUAUCUUCUCUGUAAAACUCAAUUUAGCUCAUCUUUCCAGUGAUGUGGCCAAAGAUGUUUGAAAUGGAACACAAAGUCCCAACUUCUCCAUUUCUUUAAUAUUUGUUGAUUGUGGAUCAAAAUGCAAACAGAUUUAUAGAUUGAAUCUAAAUUCUCAUUCCUCCUCAAACAUGGAGAACAUAUCUUUCCCCAGCGGUGCACUGCCAGUCUGUAAUGACUCCGUGCUCCUCGACUCUCUCAGAUCAAGAAACGGCACGGAACUGAACUGCAUUCCUCCCUCUGAGUUUUACUCCUACGCAGACCUGUACGUCAUUCUACCAGUCAUCUACUCUGUAAUCUGUGCAGUGGGACUGACUGGAAACACAGCAGUAAUCUACGUUAUCCUCAAAGCCCCAAAGAUGAAAACAGUUACCAAUAUGUUCAUCCUGAAUUUAGCAAUUGCUGAUGAUUUGUUCACUUUAGUGCUGCCGAUCAGCAUAGCUGAACACCUACUACACCACUGGCCGUUCGGUGAGGUUUUGUGCAAAGUUAUCCUUAGCAUAGACCACUACAACAUAUUUUCCAGUAUUUAUUUCCUGACGGUUAUGAGCAUAGAUCGCUACCUGGUUGUUUUGGCCACGGUGAGAUCCAAGCGCAUGCCUUACCGAACCUACCGAGCAGCCAAAAUUGUAUCUUUUUGUGUCUGGGUACUGGUCAUCCUCAUCGUCAUGCCGUUCACUGUUUUUGCUGGUGUUUAUAUCAACCCAAAUGACGGGCGAAAGAGCUGCGUGCUGAGCUUUCCCCGCCCUGAGGGUUUGUGGUUUAAAACCAGUCGUAUCUACACACUCAUGCUGGGUUUUGCUAUCCCAGUCUCAACCAUCUGUAUUCUAUACACAGUCAUGCUUUAUAAACUGAGGAACAUGCGGCUCAACAGCAACGCCAAGGCACUGGACAAGGCAAAGAAAAAGGUCACCAUCAUGGUGUUCAUCGUCUUGGCUGUGUGUUUGUUCUGUUGGACGCCGUUCCACCUGAGCACGAUCGUGGCUCUGACCACAGACCUCAGCACCACGCCCCUUCUGAUCGGGAUCUCCUACUUCAUAACCAGCCUCAGCUACGCCAACUCCUGCCUCAACCCUUUCCUUUACGCUUUCCUGGACGACAGCUUCAGGAAAGCCUUCAAGAAGAUGUUAGAAUGCAGACCAGCUUGAAUGUGCCACACUUUAAAUAAAUCACAAAGAUCAUCAAAGGACCAAUUAGGAUGGAAGAGAGGCAUGGGGAUAAAAUGAGAAAGGGUGACGUACAUGACUGUCUCAGAAUAUUAGAAUAUUGUGAUAAAGUUCUUUAUUUUUU